GACAAAUAUCAGGGCCUUGAAACUCUCUAGGAUAUACUGUAUUUUUAUAGUCUGGAAGUAGUUACAGUCCUUAAAUUCCACUGUUUUUUUUUCUUACAGAAAACAUCUAUUUGUAGAAAAGGAAGAUCUCAUUAGUUAUUGUGACAUUAAAUAAGUCUGACAGCAAAGAGAAUGUACUUUAGAAGUUUGCACCAUCUUACAUUAUUGAUGUUCAGUUACCAGAACUUGACAGGUUAAUCUGAUACAACUAAGAAUUAGUAUUUAAUAAAAAUAUUAUGAAGAAUAACUGAUACAAAGCAAAGAAUGAAGAGGUUCAAGUUAAUGCUUUCAGAAAAGAUUAUAAUCGUGCUGCUUUAAGGUAAACUUAAGCGAUGAUGAGGGCUGUAGUGGUUAUUUGGUAGGAGUUAGAAAAUGGUUGGAUAUAAAUGCAGUCUAAAAACAUAAGCUUGAAACAGACACAAGAAAAAGCAGUUGUAUGACCUUAAAAAUUAAUUUGCAAAUUGGACGUUUUCUUCCUUUCUUUAGAAAUAUCAAAACUGUCUUUACAGGAACAUUCACCAGUGUUGUAGACCAAAGUAACCUGAUGUGUUUAGCUGUGAAGAUGCAAGAUGUAAGCUACCGGGGUAGAAUCUCUGCUAUCCUUGAUGCUGAGACUGAGCAAGAGGAAAGGUGGUAAUGUGAUCCUGUACAGGUGGAUACAUCCUCUACUUAUUUUAAAGAACAUACUGCACUUGAGACUACUAAAAGGGCACAGCCUAAUGGCUACUCUCCUACAAGCAUGUUACUGUGGUAAGGGCUUAGUCUGAAUUGUAUUUUGUUUUAGUCUUAUGGUCUUUUAGUCUUUUAUAGUCUUAUAUAAAAAAUAAGUUGAGGAAACAAAAGCAUAUGAUAGAAAGUGAUAAAGUGAUCUUGAAAUAUUUUAGAGAAGAAUUUUACUCACAAAAGAAGCUUGAAAUUUCUUUAACACUCAAAGACCUGGUAAAAGGAAAGGUAAAAUUCAUUUUGCCUAACUCUAAUUAUUUGUCUCUUUCAAGAGGGCAGAGCUUGUAUUUAUAUUUUAAAAAUUAAUUAAUUAAAAAUACUGGGGGUAUUGAACCUCUACCAAAACUAAAAGAAGCAAUACCUAUACUAAAGACGUCAUUUUUACUUUUGCAUAACUUUCUCCUUUGUUCUAACACACCUCCCUACACACAAAAAAAGAGCGCCCUUGAAGAUUAAAAGCUAAAGCAGUUAGUGUCCUUUAAAAUAGGAAUUAGUGUUCAUAUUUUAGUUUUUUAGUUUUCAUUAUUACUGUUGUGGUUUAAUUUCCAUAAUGAAGUUUUGUGUGGUAAUGAUAGAAUCUAAGUCAAGCUGAUAAUGACUAAAAACGUUUUCUACUGUGACCAAAUGAGUGCUAUUUUUUAAGUUUCGUCUUCUUAUUUUAUAUCCUAAUAGUGCAAUCUAGGUUAGAACAAGUCAGUUUUAUAACUUCUGUUUCAACCAGUGAUUUUAUGAUAAUUGCUGCCUCUCUCUUUCCGUCUGAGUGAAGAAAAAGAUAUUAAACAUCAAAAAUAAUAACAAAGUUAAAAUGGUCUAAACAGUCCAUCAUGUAACUUCUAAUACUUGUUUACUGUGACAGUUGUCGCCUUUUAUCUUCUCCAAUGUCUCUUUGACGAAAUAGAAUGUUAAAAAUGUUUUAUGAUUGGAAGCAUGUAAAAGGGAGUGGUGAGAAAUAACCCCUCUGCAUACCAUGAUAAAAAUUACUUUUCUGCCUGGACUUUGACAAUUUACAUGGGAAUUCAUCAUGAGCAAAAUCAAUGAAUAAAAUACUUAAUUAUGUAAUACUUCUUCUAGUUUAAUUAAUCACUGUUACUAAUUAUUAGCAGUACUAAGAGUUUUUUGAAGCUCAGUUAUCUUGCAGAUAAACACUGAAAGAAUUAAAAAAAAAAAGAGCCCAAACUAGCUUACUUUUAGUUUGCAUUAUGAAGUAUAAUUAAUUUGUUUUUGUUCAGAGCUAUUAACUUUUAUUGAUCUUAUAAGCAGCUUAUGGGAGUCCAGUCAUGUUCAGCAAACUAAGAAGACAUUAAGAAUGGUAAAUGUCGGGGGGUGUUGCAGAAGUGUCUCAUGUGAUACCUUCUAUUCUCAGCAUAGGCUAAAAUUAGAACUAGACUGACAUUGCAUUGCAGUCUGAGUGAGAGUUCCAAAUGGUUUUGACAGUACAAGCAAAAUUUGUACCUUACCUAGGCUCUUGCACAGAAAGCAAUGAGUCAUGGAAAAUCUUUGAAAACCAAAUAUUUGAGGAAAAAAUGAUUUCAAAACAUUAGCCUGAUUUGAUUUGGAUCUUGACACUCGGGAGGUCUACAAGAUGGUGAAAGAGAUGUGAAGAGUAUGAGAAGUCUUUUUUAAAAAGGUGAUACAAGCACUAAGGCACUGAAAUUCACAGUUGGAGUCCUGCGAUUGAACCUGAACAUGUAAGAAUCAUGACUGAAACUGCUGUUUGCAUUGGAUCAUUCACUGCUGUAAAGACACUUUGGGAAGUGAGAAUACAGAAGAUAAAUGAAGAAUUACGGAAAGAAAAGGAGUUCAGAGAGAGGUCUGCAGGAAGGUUACUGCUUGUCUGGGAGGAGAGAACCACUUUAGCAAAACUCAAAGAGAAAGUAGUUAAUGAAGAUGGAAGAGCAGUUUUAAGGAUAAAGGAAGAAGAAUGGAAGACAUUACCUUCCUGCUUAUUGAAAUUAGUCCAUCUCCAAGAAUGGCAGCUUCAUAGGACUAGCUUGCAGAAAAUUCCUCAGUUUGUUGGAAGAUUUCACAAUCUUGUUGUUCUCGAUCUAUCCCGGAAUUCAAUAGAAAGCAUACCUAAAGAAAUUGGCCAGCUGACUGGCCUCCAAGAGCUGCUUCUCAGUUACAAUAGAAUAAAGUCUGUUCCUAAGGAAAUAAGUAAUUGCAUCAGUCUGGAAAGAUUGGAACUGGCUGUCAACAGGAAUAUCUGUGAUCUUCCUCCACAGCUAAGUGAUUUAAAGAAGCUUUCACACAUAGAUUUGUGUAUGAAUCAGUUUACCACCAUCCCUUCAGCUCUUCUGAACAUGCCAAAUCUAGAAUGGUUAGAUAUGGGAGGAAAUCGACUCCAGAAGCUUCCUGAUGCUAUUGACAGAAUGGAAAAUCUCCAUACUUUAUGGCUCCAAAGGAAUGAGAUUAACUCUUUGCCAGAAACCAUUGUUAAUAUGAAAAAUCUUAGUACUCUUGUUCUUAGCAACAACAAACUUAAGGAUAUUCCUUCUUGUAUGACGCACAUGACAAAUCUGAGAUUUGUCAACUUCAGAGACAACCCACUGGAGUUAGAGAUAACACUCCCUCCAUGUGAGAAUACAGAAGAAGAGGAGCAACAGGAAAUGUUCGGCAUUGAAUUCAUGCACAUGUAUAUCCAGGAGUCACUGAAGAAAAGAGGAAAUGUGGAAAGCUGCACUUCUGAUGCUUCUCCUAUCAUAACUGCUAAUGAUGAAGGAACUUAACUAGGCUUUGGUUAUGGUUCCUUUCAUGCCACAAGUGGCCCAGCUACUCAUCCUUUGAAAAUAAUGAAAUUCUACUGGUCCAAGUCCUACUGAUCUAAAGAACUCUCUGCCUACAUAAUGUGUCCAGUCACACUUGUGAUGGCAACACAGCGCAAUAACAAUUCCAGCUACAGGCUUAAAGUCUUCUUUGUUCCUUUCAUUGUUGUCAUCAUUUGAACUGUCAGAAGCUCCUUCUGCAUUAUUCUUAGUACGCUUUGGUGCAGGCUCUUCAUCUUCUUCAUUACAGCAAGUUGCAUAACUUUCUACCAAACAUCUCAAAGCAAGAUCUGGGGGAAAAGAAACAAAAAAAAGAGAGAGAUGCUGAAAAUAAGAGCAAUGUACACCUUGCCUUUACUUACAUAGGCUAUAUUGCUGCUGGGAACGUGCUUCCCACAAAGAACAAAAGUGUGCAUCACAAGCCAAAAAGCAACAACUUGAGGAUAGCUAAAAAUAAGAAGCAUACUGUGAAAGCAUGAAAACUUUAUAUGCUAAAUGAAUAUUAUGAGUCCUGUACAGCUAUUAAGUUCUUAUUCUCUUCAGUCUUUCUUCUACCCCAAUCAAGCUGAAAUAUUUUGAUUACCAGACUGGCAUACUUAUCCUCCCUUAUAAAGCAUGCAAAUAUUUGCUCUAAAAGUUUCACAUCCAGGACACACUCUCUUUAAUAGAUAUGCUUCUUAAUGUCCAAAUGCUUCUUAAUAAUACCUAUACUUCUUAAAUGUUUAACGGUGUCGUCUUUGUAACAAUACCUAUAUAAGCUUUAUACAUGAGAGGUCUUUCUCAACUUAGUUAAGCAUAUAACAUUAGGAAAAGUGUAAUAGUUUAAAAUUAUCAGUACAGGAAAAAAAGUUCAUAUUGUUUGCUUGGGAUAUGUAUUCAGACAGAGCGAAUAUACUUUUAGAAAGAAAAAUAUAUUAGGGUAGAGAAGAUGGUGCAAAAAAGAAAAUACUCUCAACCACUGACAAAUACAUGACCCAUGCCCCACUCUAUCCUUUGGUCUACUCUGUAAUAAACUAGAAAGGUUUUGCUUCUGUCUAAAGUAAAA